GUCAAAGCUGCCAAUGUAAGCAUGAAUAUUAAACGGUGGAUGGUCUGUAACGCCAACUCAGUCUCUGAGCUACUUAAUUACUCGCCGAAGUGUGAACGACAACACUCGUCUCCACUGAAGUCAACAAGAUGUGGCUGGAUUUUGUUAUAACCGAAUCCUGCAGAGUUAAACUCCAAUUUCGCCAUACAAAGCAGUGAGCCACAAAGCUAUCCCAUGAAACUCUCCGUGCUCCUAGUAUUGGCACUCUUGCUAUUUUCUUAUGGAGCUGGGAUCAGUGUUUGUGCUGUCCUCCUUGGGAACGAUACAGAUAUGCUGUCGCUCCUUGAUUUCAAGCGCGCCAUCACCGACGAUCCGAAAGGAGCCUUGAGCUCAUGGAACACCAGUAUCCACUUCUGCAACUGGCAGGGCGUGAAGUGCAGCCUCACACAACCUGAUCGCGUUGAGGCACUGGACCUACCUGAGCAGAGUUUGGUUGGGCAAAUCUCUCCUUCCCUUGGAAACAUGUCAUAUCUUGCUUCUCUUAACCUCUCUGGAAGUAAGUUCUCUGGUCAGAUUCCUCAUCUUGGCCGCCUGCAAGAGCUGAUGUUUCUUGACUUGAGUUACAACUCACUGCAGGGGAGUAUUCCAGUGACACUCACAAACUGCUCCAGCUUAAGGGUGUUGGACCUCUCAAGGAACUUAUUGGUGGGUGAAAUCCCUGCAGAAAUAGCCCUUCUCUCCAAUCUGACACGUUUGUGGCUUCCCUACAAUGGUCUUACCGGGGUCAUCCCACCAGGCCUUGGUAAUAUCACUUCUCUAGAACAUAUUAUUCUGAUGUAUAACCACCUCGAGGGAACCAUUCCUGAUGAGUUUGGGAAAUUAUCCAAGAUGUCAAACUUACUCCUUGGUGAAAACAAGCUAUUGGGUAGAAUCCCAGAGGCCGUCUUUAAUCUUUCUCUGCUGAAUCAAAUAGCCUUGGAGUUGAAUAUGCUAGUUGGCUCUCUACCAUCUAACAUGGGUGAUGGUCUCCCUAACCUUCAACUUCUUUUCUUGGGUGGUAACAUGCUGGAUGGUCUUAUCCCAGACUCAUUAGGCAAUGCAUCCGAGCUACAGCACAUAAACUUGUCAUAUAAUAGUGGGUUUAGAGGACAAAUCCCACCUUCUCUUGGUAAACUUCGGAAGCUCAAUAGGCUAGGUCUCGAUGGAAAUAGUCUUGAAGCAAAUGACAGUCGGAGCUGGGAAUUCCUGGACGCAUUGAGCAACUGUACUCUUCUAGAGAUGCUUUCAAUCUAUGGAAAUCGGCUACAAGGAGUCUUGCCAAAUUCUGUAGGCAACCUUUCGUCUAAUCUUGACAAUCUCGUGUUUGCUAGAAACAUGCUAUAUGGAUUAGUUCCAUCAAGCAUAGGAAACCUCCAUAGACUAACUAAACUAGGACUAGAAGAAAACAAUUUUACUGGGCCGAUUGAUGGGUGGAUUGGAAAUCUUGCUAGUUUACAAGGGUUGUAUCUUCAACAGAACAAUUUUACAGGGCAGAUUCCAAGUUCAAUUGGCAAUAACUCCCAGUUGUCGGAACUGUUCCUUGCAAAUAACCAAUUCCAUGGUCCCAUACCAUCAAGUUUUGGGAACCUUCAGCAACUAUCAUUAUUAGACCUCAGUUAUAACAAUCUUCAAAACCAUAUACCAGAAGAGAUUUUUAGAGUAGCCACAAUUAGUCAAUGUGCAUUAUCCCACAACAGUCUAGAAGGCCAAAUUCCGUACAUCAGUAAUCUUCAACAACUCAACUAUCUAGAUCUUUCAUCCAACAAACUUACCGGGGAAAUUCCUCCUACUUUGCGCACAUGUCAGCAAUUGCAAGCCGUCAACAUGGGUUGGAACUUUCUCUCAGGAAGCAUUCCCAUAUCUCUGGGAAGUCUUAGCGGCUUGAUUGUGCUCAACCUUUCACAUAACAACCUCUCAGGCUCUAUCCCAAUUGUUCUAAGCGAACUUCAACUUCUGACCCAGUUGGAUCUGUCUGACAAUCAUCUUGAAGGAGAAGUACCAAUAAAUGGAGUAUUCAAAAAUACGUCAGCCAUUUCGCUUAAAGGCAAUCUGAGGAUUUGUGGAGGUGUAGUGGAUCUACAUAUACCUUCAUGCCCCACUGUUUCUCAGAGAAGAUCUAGAUGGCAACACUAUUUGGUCAUAGUAUUGGUCCCCGUAUUAGGCAUCAUAUCACUCAUAUUGCUGGUCUACUUUACCUUCUUCAGAAAGAGAAUGUUAAGGCUGCAGUUAUCAUUGCCUUCUUCGGAUGAACGAUUCUUUAAAGUUUCUUAUAAGGAUCUAGCACAAGCUACAGAAAACUUCGCACAGUCUAAUUUGAUUGGGAGAGGAAGCUGCGGUUUAGUAUACAGAGGAAAGCUAACCCAAGAUCACAUGAUUGUGGCUGUGAAAGUUUUUGACCUUGACAUGCAAGGUGCGGAUAAGAGUUUUGUCUCAGAAUGUAAAGCGCUGAGAAACAUUCGGCACCGGAAUCUUCUUCCAAUUCUGACCGCAUGCUCAACAGUUGAUAAUCGAGGAAAUGAUUUCAAAGCUCUAGUGUACGAGUUCAUGCCCAAUGGCAACUUGGAUACUUGGCUGCACCUGGCAGGAGAUAGAAAUGCCCGAAAUCAACUAGACCUAUCUCGAAGAAUGAAAAUAGCUGUUGAUAUAGCUGAUGCAUUGCAAUACAUACACCAUGACUGUGAGAGCCCUAUUAUUCACUGUGAUUUGAAGCCCAGCAAUAUCCUCCUAGAUUACGAUAUGACAGCUCAUUUGGGAGACUUCGGCAUUGCAAGGUUCUACAUGAAAUCCAAGUCAGCACCUGCUGGGGAUUCGAGUUCAAUUGGUACAAUAACUUUGAAGGGGACUAUUGGAUAUAUUGCUCCAGAGUACGCCGGAGGUAGCUACCUAUCAACAUCUGGAGAUGUGUACAGCUUCGGGAUAGUACUUCUGGAGAUGCUAACAGGAAGAAGGCCAACCGAUCCUAUGUUCUGCGACGGGCUUAGUAUCGUCAACUUUGUCAGAAGGAACUUUCCCGAUCAGAUACUUGGUAUCCUUGAUGCUUAUCUUGUGGAAGAAUGCCAGGACUGUUCUCGAGCUAACCUGGAAGAAGAAAACGAAGUCCACCUUUGCCUGCUGUCACUGCUGAAAGUGGCUCUUUCUUGCGCAAGCGAGUCCCCAAAUGAGCGAAUGAAUAUGCGAGAAGCCGCUACAGAAUUGAACACAAUCUACAUAUCCUAUAUGUCUUGAAGUGAAUGCUAAGUAGUAUGAUUAAUUAUUUUGCCAUGCCAGAUGCUAUGAAGCAUGUAAUUGGAUUGGAGCUUUAUUCUUCUACAGUAGCUGUAUGGUUGGAAUAAAACAUGGUACUUCAUUGUCA